AGAUAGCAUUUUGGCUACAGAAUUGUCAGAGGUAGACUAUAGUAGGCUCAAUACAGAAUGGAAUUAAGCUCAGCGACAUGGCUGUUUUUAAAUGCAAUAAUGGUAGCUAAGGUAAAGCCCAUCAACUUUCCAAACAGCUACACUUGCCGGAUAUCAAACUCUCUUAGCGGAUUUCCCUUUUACAGUUCACAUGAAUGCUGUGGACCACAAUGGAUCUCCUACGACAAGAGAAAUUUGGAGACGGCUUUGAGAGAAAGACUCAUUGGCCAGCAUUUGGCAUCCCCCAUAAUCUUCAAAACGGUGACUGAACACAUGGAAAACCCAAACCCCAACAGACCCCUUGUCCUCUCUCUACACGGGUUGACAGGCACUGGGAAGAGCUUUGUGAGCCGCUUGAUCGCUGAGAGCAUCUACCACAAUGGAAUGCAGAGCAGAUUUGUGCAUCUGUUCAUAGCCACAUUAUAUUUCCCCCACCAAAAACAUCUUGAAACUUACCAAGAUCAGCUACAGCAAUGGGUGAAGGGGAACGUUUCAGAGUGUCCAAGCUCCAUGUUUAUUUUUGACGAGAUGGACAAAAUGCCAACAGGCCUGAUAGACAGCAUCAAGCCAUACCUGGACUACCAUGGGACUAUUGAUGGGGUUUCAUAUGGUCAGGCCAUCUUCAUUUUCCUCAGCAAUUCAGGGGGGGAAGAGAUUGCUGAGGUGGCCUUGGAAUUCUGGAAGACAGGUCGGAACAGAGAGGAGAUCAAUCUGAUGGAUUUGGAGAAGGAUCUUACUCUCUCAGUCUUCAACGACAAAAAGAGCGGCUUUUGCCAUUCUAGUUUGAUUGGCAAGAAUCUGGUGGACUUCUAUGUGCCUUUCCUGCCUCUGGAGUACAAGCACGUGGUUCAGUGUGGACUUGCAGAGAUGAAGGCCAGAGGCAUGAAGCCAGACCAGGAUGCGGUGGAGAGAAUGGCCAAAGAAUUUAUCUUCUUCCCAAGUGAAGAGCGAAUCUUUUCCCUUCAGGGAUGCAAGGCGGUCUCCAGGCGAUCGGUUUUGCAUUUGAAUGUUACCAGAGAGGAUUAAUGAACCAUUCUGGGAGGGGUUCAUUCUAACCCUUGGUCACAUUACAUGUAACUACAAAAGACAGAGGCAAAGCAACCAGCUCCCAUCUAUUCUUAAACAUCAAAGUCAGCGUUUUACAAGGUUAUGCACAGUGUAUGUUUCUGUGCAUCUGACAAUGAGACACCUAAAAUGUUUUGGAAAUUUUACAUAGAUAGGCCAUAAACUCAAUCAGUCAGAUGAGACAGUGAAACAUUUCUCACAAAUGUGCCUAUGGAGAUAUAAUUUUGGCUACAGAAUUGGUAUGCUAUCUACUAUGAAAUUAAGCCCAGCGGCAUGUCUGUUUUUAAAUGCAAUAAUGGUAGCUAAGGUAAAGCCGAUCAAUUUUCCUCACAGCUACACUUGACGGAUAUCAAGCUCUCUUAACAGUUCUCCAUUUUACAGUUCACAUGAAUGCUGUGGACCACAGGACAAUGGACCACAACUAUAGCCUAUUUGUUGCUGGGCAUCUGUUUGUUGAGAUAAAAAGGAACAAAUGGCCUGAUCAAUGUUUAGACAUUGCAACCUGGCUGGAAUGCUCAGAGAUCAGAGAUUAACAGCAGGAAGGCUGAACACAUUCCUAUAACAUCCGUAAAGAGCACUGGUUUUGUUGGCUGGUCUGGGAUGUCUGGAAAACAAAUAUGAACUAGAUGUACCACAGAGCGUUACAAAAUAUGAUUGGCCUAAACAAAAUAUGAUUGCUGCUUAGUA